AUGAUAAGUAUAAAAGUACUUGACAUACUUCAAAUCUAUACAACUACGCAUACAAUACCUACAAGUACAAUAAGAGCUUUGAAAAAUGAACUUGCUUUUCCUGAACGAUUUGAAAAAGCUUUCUUCACUAUUCAUAAUGUUAUUCGUAAUGGUCAAUCAGUUACAAAUAAAACAUUACAAAUAUUAGUUGACAAUUUGUACAUGUCAAUAAAUUCAAGACGAAGAUAUAAUUCAUUUAAACUAUUGGAAAAAGCAAGACAAAAUCAAGAUUUACCUGAUAACAUAUUCUAUAAAUCAGAGCUUGUUAAAGCUGGUUUUACUCUAUCGAAAUCAACUAAUAAGAAAUCAAUUAUUAAGUUUAUACAAGAUCAAACUAACAAUGGAAUGCAAUUAUCAAUUGAUACGAUUAAUGCUUUAGAAAAUGAAAUUCAUAACGAAGAUGUUUUACAAAUAUUCUACAAUAUAUCAAAAAAUAAACAAUUAAUACAAUAUGAUUUACUUAAUAAGUUAAUUGAAAUUUUUAAACCAGAUACUGAUCAAUUUACUUUAAUUGAUAUCUUUGAAAAUGUAGCAAAGAAUAAUCAAACAUUAUCUAAUAAACUUUUAAAGAAAUUAGAAAUGGCUUUAAAUAGAGAACAAAUUCAAGAUAAAGUCCUGUUAAUAUUUGUAUAUUUGGCACAAAA